GGGACCUAGCGGCCACUCUCUUUGACCUCCAUUAUAUUGCCUGACUAAAAAUGUGUCGAUAAACAAUCAAAAGUAGAAACAUAUUCUUUAACUACCCUUUACGCCUCACCUCCUGGAUAUAUACACACUCAGGCUGAAAUUCCUAACUGUUGGCUAGCGGCCUUCUGUAACCUGUGAGAUCGGCACAAUUUUCAGGCGCUGUGUGGAUAGCCGCGCCAGAGGGCGACGUGGGCCGCGAAGGCCCCCGCUGCCGGCCCUCAAGGAAGCGCGGCGGGCGGCUGGGCGCGGUGUGUGUCAGGCACUUCCACCAUGUCGAAGGUGUCCUUUAAAAUUACGUUGACGUCGGACCCGCGGCUGCCGUACAAAGUUCUCAGUGUUCCUGAAAGUACACCGUUCACAGCCGUGCUAAAGUUUGCAGCAGAAGAAUUUAAAGUUCCUGCAGCUACAAGUGCAAUUAUUACUAAUGAUGGAAUAGGAAUAAAUCCUGCACAGACUGCUGGGAAUGUUUUUCUGAAGCAUGGCUCAGAGCUGCGAAUCAUUCCUAGGGACCGAGUUGGAAGCUACUAAUAUAUGCUGCUUGGAAUACACAGCCUUUCAGAAUAAAUACUGGUAUUUGUUGUUGCUGUACAAUUGAAAUCAGGCAUUCACAAUACAAUGAAAGCACCAAGAAUCUACGGAACAGGGAAAGCUGUCACUUGUCCCUUCCUGUUCAUUUUUUUCAUGGAAAGAGAGAAUGCCUUUGAGUGGAGGAUCACACUGUAGUGACUGCUGCCUCUCCAGGAGAAGAGAGUACCUCUGUGAUAAAUGGACCAUGCUUUAAAACAGAAACAGCAAAACUGGAGGAUGAGUGCUAAUUUUUUUUCAAGAGCAUUUGGAAAAUUAAAAUUUACAGAAUUAGAUGUAUUUUAUAAUUUUGAAAUUUAAAAGGAUAAUUGAUCAUACAGGUAUUUGGCUUGACAGCAUCUCCUAGUUAGAAUUUUAAAUUAUAUAAUUUGUGAUGAACUUAAUAGUUAUUUGAAUGAACAGUUAAAUUUAUUCAAAAUGAAACAUUAAAUUAUAGGAUCUAACCAUUAUGAGUAUAAGUUGCUAUUGUAAGUCAAAUAGCUUCGAUAGUAGAGAUCUUGUGAAACCAGGUGUGUCAUGGCGAGAACUGUCAGUCCCACGGAAGCACCCUUAGCUCUAUUAUGAAUUCCUUGAUAACUAAUAAAGCUUUAGGACAGAAAUCCUUAAACAGUCUUUUUGAGGACUCUAUUUUUGAGCAGUAUCCAAGAGUAUUGUUGCAGAGAUGAUCUGAAGCAUUGAUGGGUGUCCUUAAUGAAGAGGGAACUUUAUAAAGAAGCUGUUAAAAUUAGUCACAGUGGAUAAAGAACUAGGGAAGCUCAGAUAGCCAGGCUCUUCCCAGAAGAGCAGAGGAAGUGAGGAGGAACAGGAGGCUGGUAGUGUCCAGAGGCAGAAGUCAGAGAAGGAAGCUGUGGUGGGGGUGGAAAGUGUGAAAGGGAGAAGAGCACUGGGCACAGGGUCAGAAGGUCACUGCAUACACAUCAAAACUUACCAUAGCAAUCGACAAGGAUUUACAUAAGAUUUCAGGGCUGGGACCUGUACCCAGUACUCUUCUCCCCAGAGUCAUCCUCUAACGUUAUGUAGACACCCAGAUGUGAGCCAAUCCUCUCCCACAAUAACUAUUUGCCUUUACACAGGAAGUCCAUGUCAGGCACAUGAUUCAGGAUGAAUUAAACGCUGACCAUGACUGAGUGAGAGCCAUGCAGCUCUGCUUUAAUGGGUGAGCUCUUUGGAAGUGAGGGAUCUGUCACAUGCUCCCUAGAGCGAGAGAUACAAGUUCUCAAUAAAUAUUUACUGAAUUCAUGAAUAAUAUCUUGAGGACCAGUUUUUAUCUUGUGUCACAUAGUCCCUAUUACAGGGCCUUAGUUGAUUGGGAGGUGGGGAGCUUGUAAGAUAAGAGCUGGCAUCUGAAGGGCUAUCUUAGUAGAUGGAGGAAUUGCUAUUGUCCACAGGUUUGUGGAGCACGAUCUGGGCUUCUGAAUUAUGUAGCAAUAUGCAGCUCAUGCUUGCUGGUUUUUAUGCUUAUGUCUAGUGCCCAGAGACCUUAUUCCUUAGAAUAUUAGGCUUAUGUUAAUCAGACAUUCUAAAAUAUUUGACACCUAAUUUUGCUUACUAUUAAAUUUCUUCCAUUCUGCCUUUGCACAAAAUUCUGCUUGUCAGUAACGUUUAUACAGUCCUACAAUAUGAAAUGAUUUACCUAACACAUUAGUUCCUUGAAUUGAAAAUACAUAGUCUUGAAAAUAUUUUACUCAAAAACUAGAUAAUUUGUUAUUAAAUAAAUAUGGUCUGUAAAUUCUUUGUGCAGACCAUUUUAGGCUUG